GAAUUAAAAACUAGAAGUGGAGAAAACAGAAUUAAGUAAUAUAGUUCUUAAAAUUGGGCUUUUUUGAGCUACACUGCAGAACCACAAAGCAAGCAGAUAUGUGUUUCAGUAGUGAGAAUUAGCAUAAAAACAUGUCACACCAUCUAAUCAUCUCUUACUCUGACAGUGUCUUACAAACGGAUUCACACCCUGCUGAAUUCCCAACAAUGGCACCUUCAUAAGAAGCUCAACACCCAAAAUAAGUCAUCUGGGCUGAAUGGCUUAUGUAUUAACAAAAUAACUCAGGAAAUACUCAACAUGUUGUCAUAUAAAUGACUUUCAAUAAAACAUUCUACUGAGUUGUCUCGAACAUAGUAUCUGACAUUGUCCUGCGACAUGACAUGCUAAACUCAAUCUAAAACUAUUUUAAAUAGCAUUUCAGAUUCUUUUAUAAUUAUUAUGCAGGCAGCUUUUAUGGCCUCAUAUUAAUUGAGAGACUAUAUGGGAUACUUUUGAAAAUGUAUAUGUUACACUACAGUACCAUUUAAAAUGAACUGGUGAAAUGACAGUAAACUUAAAAGUGAGAUUUAAUGGAAACAACACAUUCAAAACAAAAAACAUUUGUGUUGACAAUUUUCCACCAUCUCCCAGCUACAUGACGUACAAUAAAGUGCAAACAAAAUAUUUUUAAAAUCACAAAGGUGCAUUAGCAAGUAUCUUUGUUGGAUUAUGCGAUAUAGAGAGGUGUGGCUUGUAGAAGAAUAUAGUCCCAUAGGAGGAGCCACGAAAGAGCUUGUUACUGUAACUCUGACUGUGAGGAAGUCCUCCUCUUCUAUCUGUCAAGCUGGCAGAGAAAUUUCAUGUUUUAAAGCCACACAUCAGCAGCUAACUGUAUUUAAUAAAGAUGGGUGAACAAGACCCAACUAACAAGCUACCGUGUGACGAAACAAAGGAGCCGAAGGAAAAUGGUACAAGUUUUUCCCAGUUCUCCACCAGUGUACGUGCCAUGAUGCGAAUUCGCCAAAAGUACCAGGCCAUCAAGAAACGGCGUAUGGAAAACCCUCAGAAUUCCAUAUUUCCACAGUCACACAGCCCCAAAUUUUUCACCUUUGAGAGUUUUCCAGAGCCUGCUUUUCCACGCAAACGCAAGAAAAAGAGGAAGACACGAAUCUUGUAUCCGAGCAACACUUUGAGAGCUGUUCCCACAAAAGAGCGCAGCCGAGCCAAGAACUGCCUGUACUUGUUGUGCAUCAUUGUCUUUCUGCAGGUUUACAAUGCCAUCGAGAACCUAGACGACCACGUCCUCAAGUAUGAUCUAGAUGGACUUGAAAAGACCCUGAAAAGGGAAGUGUUUGGACAACAGGAAGUGACCGAGGGCAUUCUAGAGCAUUUACAAGAUUAUCUGUCGACUUAUGUUCACAAUAAACCUUUGGUGCUGUCGCUUCAUGGACCGACUGGAGUUGGGAAGAGCCACGUCGGUCGAUUGUUGGCUCAGCAUUUUCGCUCGGUGGUAGGCGACCAGUUGGUAAUGCAAUACUUUGUGCUACACCACUGCCCUACGGAUGACGAUAUCCCACACUGCACCACCGCUCUGGACACCCGCAUCACUGAAAUGGUCACUCAAGCUGAGGAAGAAGAGAAGAUACCGCUCUUCAUCUUCGACGAGGUGGAACACAUGCCCAGAGAGUUGCUGGACACACUACGAGAUCUGAUACAUCCCCAAAACAACAACGAAUACUUAAAUGCAAUCUACAUUAUAAUUAGCAACUUGGGACAUGAGGAUAUCACCAAGUUUGUCCUUCAUAACUCUAGUGUCGCCGUCUCGGGCCGUUUGAGCUUGAGUCAAGAACUGACCCCUUGGUUGCGCAGCUACCUUCAGAGGUACCACUCAUUAUUCCUGGAAGCUGAGUUCCUACCCUUCACGCUUUUAGAGAAAAGCCACGUAAUGGAGUGUUUUAUUGACGAGAUGUCUCGAGAAGGAUUCUACCCAGAUCGCCCGCAUGUAGAAAGACUAGCGGAAGAACUCUCCUACUAUAAUGUAGGAGAGUGGGAAUUUGCCCACACAGGAUGCAGGCAGGUUGUAGCAAAGGUUAACCUUCUCUAAAACACAAUCUGCCGUGCAGAUGUUGGACAUGCAAGGAUGAUACCAUUGGUGGGACUCAAUUGUGAGUAGGGUUGGGACCCGAGAACCGUUCCAGGAUGAUUUUCAUGACUUUCGGUUCCAAUAACGGUUCCCGAACAUGCAAUUUUCCAACCAAAAUGGAUGGAACAUGUACCAAAAUACUCUGGCAAAGUAUCGUGCAGCGCAAUUCAGCAACAGCGCUGUCCCCCUAUAUCUAUGCUGUUGAAAUCUGCAGUGAGCUCAUCAUUUGGCAACAAACAGCUGAGGGGAAGUAAAUGCAAUAAGAAUGGCAUUAUCUUAUUUCCAAAUAAUUCUUCCUCAAAAGUACUAAAGGAAACAUUAAUGGAACCAUUAAGUAACCGCAAUCAUUAACCGAAAUUCCUUACGAUUCCCAUCCCUUAUAGUAAGCCCUUGUGAGUUGUUUGCCAUUGUAUUUUGUCUUAUUGACCCCGUUUCCACCUGGUAUUAAGAUGCGUCUCGGAUGAGCUGAUCACAUGUGGUCAGGUGAGACACAUCCUUUUAAAGCUGCUCGUAAAUGGCAAAGUUUAAACUCUUGUUUUAGCCUUUUAGUUUGAUUGACAGGUGAGGGGUGGCACAUUAUUGCUGUCGGAAUGCAUACAGGACAGAUUAGCAUUUACAACUCAAACGUGAUGUGGACACAUGCAUUUUUGACCACAUUCUUACGUGGUUUUUGUGAUCCGAUAACAAAACGUUUUAGACCCCAUUUAGACCUGUAUCUAGGAUUGACUACAUGUGAUCAGAUCACCGAAACACAUCCUAAUACCAGUGGGAAACGGGUUUAUUGUUAAGCAUUUCAAUUAUUUUACAUUCAACAUUGUCUUUUUUGUGAAACAUUGUUUUUAUAACUGUGCAUUAUGAUUGUAAAGAUUGUGUAAACAAACAGCAUAAAGUAUUUUAUUCUAAU